AUGUCACCAGCUUCUGAAAAUGUGAAAGUCUGUGUGCGUUGCCGCCCCAUGAACGAAAAGGAGGAACAAUGCCAGUGUACAGUGGUCGUUGAGGUUGACGAGGGAAGUGCUUAUGUAGCCUUGAGGAAUCCUAAUGGGAAAGAUAAUGAGCCUCUGAAAUCAUUUACAUUUGAUUAUGUAUUCGGUUUCAUCAGCAAACAACUCGAUAUUUAUAAUAAAGUUGCUCGUCCGGUUGUGGAGCAGGUUUUCGAGGGGUACAAUGGUACAAUUUUUGCUUAUGGCCAAACUGGAACGGGCAAAACGUUUACUAUGGAUGGCGUUCGUACGGUACCGGAAUUACGAGGAAUAAUACCAAAUUCUUUUGCACACAUAUUUGGACACAUUGCGAAAGCAGAUUCAAAUUCAAGAUUUCUUGUUCACGUAUCAUAUCUUGAAGUUUACAAUGAGGAGGUCAGAGAUUUAUUAGGAAGGAAUCAACAUGCGAAGCUUCAAGUGAAAGAACGGCCUGAUUGUGGAGUUUACGUGAAGGAUCUUUCAACCGUCAUGGUCCAUUCACCAAAUGAAAUGGAAAAGCUUAUGAACCUUGGGAAUAGAAAUCGUUCAACUGCUGCUACAAACAUGAAUGAGCACAGUUCACGCUCCCACGCAAUUUUCUCAAUCACCGUCGAGACUUCUGGGCUCCUUGAGGGCGGAAAGCAGAUGAUUCGUCAGGGAAAGUUACAUCUCGUUGAUUUAGCGGGCUCAGAAAGACAAUCCAAAACCGGAGCCACUGGGCAAAGGUUACAAGAAGCUAACAAAAUAAACCUCUCUCUCACUACAUUGGGUAACGUCAUAUCUGCGCUUGUCGAUGGCAAAUCAACUCAUGUUCCUUACAGGAAUUCCAAACUUACUAGACUUUUGCAGGAUUCACUUGGUGGAAACUCGAAAACUGUCAUGAUUGCAAACAUUGGGCCCACCGAUUAUAAUUACGAUGAAUCACUAAGCACUCUCCGAUAUGCCAAUCGGGCGAAAUCGAUUAAGAAUAAUGCCAGAAUAAAUGAAGAUCCAAAAGACGCUUUGCUUCGUCAAUUCCAGAAAGAAAUAGAAGAACUACGGGCACAGCUUACCAAUGGUAUUGUUCAUCUAGACAAACCCAGUGAAGGCUGUGCAAUGGAACCGACUGCUGUCAGUCCGCAAGGUGAAAAGUCGAAUGAGCAAAAGGGCACAGAAAUGAAGUUAACCAAAGAACAAAUCAUGGAUAUCAAAAACUCGAUUGACGCGGAUCGCCAAAAACUUGAGGAACAAAAAGACAUGGAAGUUGAACAGAGAGAUAAAAUCAAGAAACGGUUGAAGGCAAUGGAGUUGGAGUUGUCCAGCGCAAAGAAGGCACAGGUCGAUAUCGCGAGUAGGAUGAAGGCCUUAGAAAAGCGCAUCAUUGUUGGUGGCGAAAACCUCCUCGAGAAGGCUGAGGCGCAAGAACGGCUUCUGGAAAAAUCGGCGCACGAGCUCCGCAUACAGGAAGAGCGGGCCCAAAAGUUGAAACAGAGGCUUAAGGAAAAGAAAGAGGAGCGAAUUAAUAUUGAAGAGAAAUACAAUUCAUUGCAGGAGGAGGCCAUUGGAAAGCGCAGGAAGCUCCAGAAACUCACCACAAUGUACCUGCAAGUAAAAGCCGAACUGGAGGAUUUGCGAUCUGAGUACGCACGCGAGAUGGAAGACCUAGUGGACAACGUCCGUCAACUAAAUCAUGAAUUUCAACUGCAAACCUUAAUUAUCAACCAUUUCAUUCCCAAGCCAUUUCAGGUGCGUUAG